AUGGCUCCCCUGAGCAAGAAGAGGGCGCAGCACAGCAAGGCUCAGGCUCGUGCAGCACUGGCGGCCAGUGUGGGCAAGAAGGGGCGCUUCUCCACCAUGUCUGCUCACUCCCUGGGCAGCGAUGACGAGCAUGGAAAUACCCACCACAAGGCAUGUAGCCUCCUAUUGACAGAGAUCCCCCAUGCAGCGUCCUAUGAGGCCAGCACACUGGGCAAGCGUGGUGGCUACUACAACUCUGCUGCGCUGGACAUCUUUGGCAAUGCUGCGAUGGAUCCAUACUCGUUCCAUGCGUGA